AUGAUAGAGAAGAUCGUGAAGAAAAGGCUUGUAGAGAAUCUGGAGGGAAAUAGUGUCACUAAGAAGCUGAUAGUGACUCAGGUGCUGACAGUGGGACUAACUGACAGUGACUCAGGUGCUGACAGUGGCACUAACAGUGACUCAGGUGCUGACACUGGCACUAACAGUGACUCAGGUGCUGACACUGGCACUAACAGUGACUCAGGUGCUGACACUGGCACUACCAGUGACUCAGGUGCUGACACUGGCACUAACAGUGACUCAGGUGCUGACACUGGCACUAACAGUGACUCAGGUGCUGACACUGGCACUAACAGUGACUCAGGUGCUGACAGUGGCACUAACAGUGACUCAGGUGCUGACACUGACACUAACAGUGACUCAGGUGCUGACACUGGCACUAACAGUGACUCAGGUGCUGACACUGGCACUACCAGUGACUCAGGUGCUGACACUGGCACUAACAGUGACUCAGGUGCUGACACUGGCACUAACAGUGACUCAGGUGCUGACAGUGGCACUAACAGUGACUCAGGUGCUGACACUGGCACUAACAGUGACUCAGGUGCUGACACUGGCACUAACAGUGACUCAGGUGCUGACACUGGCACUACCAGUGACUCAGGUGCUGACACUGGCUCUAACAGUGACUCAGGUGCUGACUCUGGCACUAACAGUGACUCAGGUGCUGACACUGGCACUACCAGUGACUCAGGUGCUGACACUGGCACUAACAGUGACUCAGGUGCUGACACUAGCACUAACAGUGACUCAUGUGCUGACUCUGGCACUAACAGUGACUCAGGUGCUGACACUGGCACUAACAGUGACUCAGGUGCUGACACUGGCACUAACAGUGACUCAGGUGCUGACACUGGCACUAACAGUGACUCAGGUGCUGACACUGGCACUAACAGUGACUCAGGUGCUGACACUGGCACUAACAGUGACUCAGGUGCUGACAGUGGCACUAACAGUGACUCAGGUGCUGACACUGACACUAACAGUGACUCAGGUGCUGACACUGGCACUAACAGUGACUCAGGUGCUGACACUGGCACUACCAGUGACUCAGGUGCUGACACUGGCACUAACAGUGACUCAGGUGCUGACACUGGCACUAACAGUGACUCAGGUGCUGACACUGGCACUAACAGUGACUCAGGUGCUGACACUGGCACUAACAGUGACUCAGGUGCUGACACUGGCACUAACAGUGACUCAGGUGCUGACACUGGCACUACCAGUGACUCAGGUGCUGACACUGGCUCUAACAGUGACUCAGGUGCUGACUCUGGCACUAACAGUGACUCAGGUGCUGACACUGGCACUACCAGUGACUCAGGUGCUGACACUGGCACUAACAGUGACUCAGGUGCUGACACUAGCACUAACAGUGACUCAUGUGCUGACUCUGGCACUAACAGUGACUCAGGUGCUGACACUGGCACUAACAGUGACUCAGGUGCUGACACUGGCACUAACAGUGACUCAGGUGCUGACACCAGCACUAACAGUGACUCAUGUGCUGACUCUGGCACUAACAGUGACUCAGGUGCUGACACUGGCACUAACAGUGACUCAGGUGCUGACACUGGCACUAACAGUGACUCAGGUGCUGACACUGGCACUAACAGUGACUCAGGUGUUGACUCUGGCACUAACAGUGACUCAGGUGCUGACACUGGCACUAACAGUGACUCAGGCCGCAUGGACUCUAAAUAUCAACAAAGUAGUGUCAAAUACCAGAGUAGUGACAAAUACCAGAGUAGUGUCAAAUACCAGAGUAGUGUCAAAUACCAGAGUAGUGUCAAAUACCAGAGUAGUGACAAAUACCAGAGUAGUGUCAAAUACCAGAGUAGUGUCAAAUACCAGAGUAGUGACAAAUACCAGAGUAGUGACAAAUACCAGAGUAGUGUCAAAUACCAGAGUAGUGUCAAAUACCAGAGUAGUGUCAAAUACCAGAGUAGUGUCAAAUACCAGAGUAGUGACAAAUACCAGAGUAGUGUCAAAUACCAGAGUAGUGUCAAAUACCAGAGUAGUGACAAAUAA